UAAUUACUUUACGCCAGUUGAUAGGCAUAAUAUGUUUUAUAAAAAAAUAACAAUUAAAAAAAACAUUCGGAAAUGUUCGGUCUUUUUUCAAAUUGAAAGUAGGAUUUACAAAUUACAAUAUCAACAUGGAUGUGUUGUUAGCUAUUCAGACAUGUAUCGAACGUUUUGAACCAGGAUUGCAAGCAAAACCAAAACAAAUCGAAUGUUGGCGGCAUGUUCUUGCAGAGGAAGACAAAACAUGUUGCUGGAAUUUCUUUUAAAGGUGUUCCGUCCAUUUUGUAAAUUGCAAUCACGUGCCGUUUUAUCUAUCAUCACGUGAUAUUUGUGAAGGCAGUGAUUACUGUACUGCAAGGGAAGUAACACUGCGCGGAGUUUGUGCUGAUUUAUUAACGGUCCAAAAUGGCGGAGGUGGAGAACACGAGACGUAAACAUUCAGUUAUACCACAACUGCCACUAGACAAGCGGUAUCACGUAUUUGUUUGUUACGUUCAAGAAAACGUAAACGAUGUGCGUACUAUUGUGGGCAAUUUGGAAAAGGCAGGUUUAAAGUGUUGUUACCAUGAAAGAGAUUUUAUUCCUGGACAAAGGACUUGGGAUAACAUGCAUGCUAAAAUCAAGGAAAGCAUGCAUAUGCUUGUAGUCUUGUCGGAAGAUUUCUCAAGAAGUCAUUUCGCAAAACAAGAACUUUACGAAGCGGAUGUCGCGGAAAGUACAGAAGAUUUGAAUAUCAUUCCAUUGAAAAUAGAAUCGUGUGAUGUACCAGCUAUAUUGAAAAACAAAACGUACAUCGACUGCGAAAACAAUGAUAUUACCGAGAUUCACUACAAAAUAAUCGAGGCAGUUAUUGAUAAUGGGCAGAAAACACGGCUGAAAGAAGAAGACAGCGGUGAAGCUUUUUCAAUUUCAACGUAUCAGAAGCCUGGAUUCCGACUGCUGCCAAGAUAUAAACUGGAAUUUGUUGCGGAAAUGAGAGACAAAAUUUUAAUGAAGAGCAAACUUACAGAAGAAGAUUUGAAUGAAAUCGAGAACAUCGCUCAAAAGUCAUUCUUUAUGAAAAACGUGAACAUCUCUGAUUUUUUCCUAAGAAUAACGUGUUUCCUCACCAUUCUCUCUUUACUGCUCUGUCUGGCGGUUGUGAUGUUGAUGAUCUGCACAAUGCUUGGCCGUUCAAGAGCGGAAAGUGAGGCUAACGAGUUUAAGAUUCAUCUAGUUAUUUAUAUUACGCCUGUUUUAAUGAUCAUACUAUCUUUUGGAUUUUGCUUUGCCACAUCGUGGGAAAAUUCCUGUACCCUUAUGAUGAACGCAAAAGACGCACUUCAACGACAGCUUUGGACUUUCAACAGAAACUGGAACACAAAAGAUGCAGUCGUCCUAUUUCAGUACGAGUACAGCACAAAUGGCGACAAUCGUCGGACAACAGCGACAAUGAAGAUCAUCCUUAUCAAAUUUAGCCGAUGCAAGGACCUUUUUAUAAGAAAGUGUGAGCAACGUGAUGAUUUUCAAAAACGGCGCUGUGAGGGGGAAUCUCUUGACGACUACGCGGAUAGAAUGUUUGACCGUUUCUUACGAUCAAAGAAGAUCAAUUUGCUGGACAUACCACACUCACGUCAAAGAGGACAUAGAAUGCUUAAUGACGCAGCGUGUAUGUGUUUCUUGUUGCGAGAAGACUUACUUAAUAACAUUUAACUUAACUUUGCUAAUCUGCUUGGCGUGUCCUUCAAGUGUGUCCCUUUUCGGGAAGACAAACUUACGGACACUUAACUAAACUUUGCUAUGCUGCUCGGCGUGUUCUUAUAGUGUUACCUGUUGCGGAAAGACUAACUUAAGGACACUGGACUUUCCUUAAAUUAUGGACGUGGGAGGGUUUGUUGCGAGAAGGACAUCAACCUUAUCUUUGCUAGGCUGCCGAGACCGUGUUCUUAUAGGGCUUCAUGUUGAGACAAGACUUACUUAAGGACACUUAACUAAAUUUUCAUAUGUCCUUAUGUUGUCAUGUUGUGGAAAACUUACUUUAGAACAUUUAACUAAGCGUGUUCUUACAGUGUUUCCUCUUGAAAGGGGACUUAUUUUUAAGAAAACUGUACUUAAUUUUGAGAAGCUGUCGUGGUGUUUCCACGUUACUAAACUUUCGCAGGCUGCUUAUGGUGUCCUUAUAAUAAUUCCUGUUGCGAGGUGAUUGACUUAAGAAUACCUAACUAACCUUUGCGAAGCUGACGCAAGUGUCCUUAUAGUUGUCUGUUGCAAGAAGACGGACUUAAGAACACUUCACUUAACUUUGCUAAGCUGCUAGCCGUGUCCUUAUAAUGUUGCCUGAUGCGAGAAGACUUACUAAAGGACUCGUAAACAAACUCAUAUAAACUGCCGGCCGUGUUCUAUUGCGAGAAGACCCACUAAAGGACACUUUAAGAAACUAUGCUUAGCUGGUGAGCGUGUCCUGAAAUGUGUUUCUUGUUGCGAGAAGACUAUUUCAAGGACACGUUACUUUUCUUAACUAUGCUGUCUGUCGUAUCCUUAUAGUGUUUCCUGUUCCGAGAAGACUAACUUUGCUAAGCUGCUGGUUAUCUCCUUCGAGUGUUUUUGUUACUAGAAGACUUCCUUAGUUGGGCGUGUAUGUAUAGUGUCAACUGCAUUAUAGUUUUUCCAAAAAGUUGUUUGUGGUUUGUUUCCAAAAAUGAAAUUGAAAAAUUUGUUGCACUGCACUGUAAUUAUGGCAUUAAAACUCACACAGCCUUUCCAAUUCACCUUUAUAUGACGAACCAAAAUAUUUGGCUGCAUAAUUGACAGCUGGGUAG